AUGGCCCAUCAAGCCUCGGGCCCCCUGUUUGGGGAAUCCAUCAAUAUCUACAUGGACGACUCCAACAUCGCGAUCGGAGGACGCAAGGUUUACGACAUCUACCAGAAAAGCCAUCCCGAAGCCCCACGCCGUCGAUUCUGGUACUAUGACUUCGAAAAGCUCGGUGAAAUAAUCACGAAGGAACUCGCCAAACAAUAUGGCUGGAGUGAAGAUGAUCCCACCGUACACAAACAGUACAACUUCUACGGCGUAAAUCUUAAUCGGAACCCUCAGCUGAGACGUUUGCCACGUCGUCACGAUGUCAAGCUUUACCACUGCAUGAAAAAUGGUCUGCAGAAAGAGAAGGGGGCCGACUGCAAACUCACUGCUGACUUUACUGAUCGAGUCAAAAGUACUAAUCCGUUCCUUGAAGCUGCGUAUUUUAUCGUGCUCUCUGGAGACGCGGACAUGGUUCCUGCGAUCGAGAAAGCUAUGAAAUACGGCUUUGUGGUUCAUGUUUGGUCAUGGGAUGAAAGUCUUUCUGGGCAGUUGAAGAGACUUGAAAAAGAUCGUCGGGGUCUUGUAAAGGUUCACAAGCUUGAUGAGCGGAUUGUGGAUUUCACACUGUAA